AUGAAUAAUGGAGACAAUAAGACGACAUUAGAAAACUCAAAUAAUUCGUCACUACCCAAUGGAAAUUAUACGACUCCUACAAAAUUAAAUAGGUUGAAAAGGAAUGCUGAUCCCAGGAUUGCUGCAAUUUCAGGUGCUUUAUCUGGUGCAUUAUCUGCAAUGUUAGUCUGUCCUUUUGAUGUUGCGAAAACAAGGUUACAGGCACAAGGUCUUCAAAAUAUGACCCACCAGAGUCAACAUUAUAAGGGGUUUUUUGGUACAUUUGCUACUAUUUUCAAAGACGAAGGUGCUGCUGGGCUUUAUAAAGGUCUACAACCGACGGUUUUAGGUUACAUUCCCACUUUGAUGAUUUACUUUUCUGUCUAUGAUUUCUGUAGAAAAUAUUCGGUCGAUAUUUUCCCAAAUAGUCCGUUUCUUUCAAAUGCUUCUUCUGCAAUUACCGCAGGCGCCAUCUCUACAGUUGCGACGAAUCCGAUUUGGGUAGUUAAAACAAGACUCAUGCUACAAACAGGUAUCGGUAAAUAUUCUACCCAUUAUAAAGGUACCAUAGACACAUUUAGAAAGAUCAUCCAACAAGAAGGUGCUAAGGCUCUUUACGCUGGUUUAGUUCCAGCCCUCUUAGGGAUGCUGAACGUUGCUAUACAGUUUCCCUUAUAUGAAAAUCUAAAAAUCAGGUUCGGAUAUUCAGAAUUGACUGACGUAUCAACAGAUGUAACCAGCUCAAACUUUCAAAAGUUAAUAUUAGCGUCUAUGCUAUCUAAAAUGGUAGCGUCUACCGUGACUUAUCCCCACGAAAUACUUCGAACUCGAAUGCAACUGAAAUCCGACCUUCCAAAUACUGUACAACGCCAUCUCCUUCCAUUAAUUAAGAUCACGUAUAAGCAAGAGGGCUUUGCCGGAUUUUAUUCUGGGUUUGCCACUAAUUUGGUAAGAACAGUACCUGCUGCUGUAGUAACACUAGUGUCGUUCGAAUACUCUAAGAAGUAUUUAACUGCUUUUUUCAAGUAA